AUGGAGCAUUUUCUAGACUUGUUUAUGAAGUCUCACCAACGUCCUGGUCCAGUCUCCCAAUCAUCGUCUCCGGCGCAACAGGAAUCAUCUCCAGCACAACAAGAACCAUCUUCAGCGGAGCAAGUACCAGAAGGCGCGCCCUCGACUAAGGCUACUACUCGCUCGCCAUUCCCAGAACAUGAGCAGCAUAUCCGCUCGAUCGACGACAGCCUUUUUAUUGAGCUGGUUCGUAGCACCUGGGACAAGAGUCGUUCCCGAACCUGCAAAGUCAUCGACCGCAACGCAGGGAGCUACAACUACUGUGUGACGCUAGACUUGAACGAGGAAGAGGAGUUUGUUGUGCGGGUCCCUUUUCGGGGUACGCGCGAGACCUGGACUGAAGACCACGCGUUCGAGCUACGCACCGAAAUCUUGAACAUGAAAUACCUUUAUAAGAAGACCAAGAUCCCACUGCCGUUCAUCCAUCAAUGGGAUGACGGAUUUGACAACAUCCUUGGAGCGCCCUAUAUCAUCAUGGACCGGAUUUACGGCGUAUCAGCUCAUGAAAACCUAUGGUACGACGAGGAGAUGUGGGCCAAGACAGCUGAUGGUACGUCAAUUCUUCCUGGCGCUGACAGUCCCUCUCCGGAAUUGGAGCGCAAACGCCUUCGAUUCCUUCAGGAUCUUGCAAAGAUCAUGGCGGAUCUUCAGAACCAUGUAUUCGACAAGAUGGGAGCCCCCCAGUGCGCGGACCAUUGGGACCCACCACCUCCUACCGUGGGCCAUUACUUUGAACACAGCCAUGAGAGCUGGGUCAAGCGUGGCCCAUUCUCUUCUACAGCUGAAUACCUCCAGUUGAAGAAGGACGAGAUCGCUGCGGAGGCCUUACCUGAAUAUGACAGCAACAAUCCGUCUGAGCUUACCGAUGCGCGGGCAUUCUCCCGGAUCGCUCCCAUCAUGUACGAUGCCCUGCCCCGUUCAGUAGACAAGUACGUCACCGACGCAGACUACGAGACCACUCCAGAGACUUUCGUGCUCGCCCAUCCCGAUCUCGACCUGCAGAACAUCUUCGUCGACGAAGACGGCGAAAUCACCGGCAUCAUCGACUGGGCCGGGCUCCGCACUGUACCACGCUGGGCCGGCUGGGCCAGCUUCCCUCUUUUCCUGCGCAAGGAUUUCGACCACGAGUACACCGUCCUACAGACAAGCUUUGAAUACCCACAUGCACCCUGGAAGCUCGACUUCUACCGUAAGGCGUACCAUGGCUACCUUCAAGAGACGCUGGAUCCGGAGGGCACGGGGAGCUACAACGACGGCAAGUACACACUCAAGUCGGGUGCGACCUGCGCCGCAUUGGAGGCGCUGGAUCGGUGGGUACUACGCGAUGCGAACAUUCACCGGCUUUUGAAGGAGAUCCCGGUCCUGAAGGGCCUUUUUAUCAAGGACUUUAGGGAGCGUCUUGGUAGUGAGGAGGGGUGGCCCGCGGCUGAGGCUAUGCUGAAAGAGGAGUUCAAGGCCUUGUUCAGGCAUACAUAG